CAAAUUGGUGAUUAAAUGGCCAAUCAAAUGCUAUUUGUAAAACUUAGAAAAGUAAGAAACAAGCAAAAGCAAGUCAUGACGAAUGGGAAGAUUAAUAAAUGUUCAAAAUCGCACAUUUACUGGUAAAAUUAUCUUGUUUUCUGGACAAGAUCAGUCUUCUAAAUCUCGAAUUGAUAUCAUGAAUCACCAUGACCGUCAAUUAUUGCAAUAUGGGAUGCCUAGCAGUUUUGACUUUGCUGGGCGAUUGCAAUUCAAAACUAUCUCCAAUUUGUUCCGCACAAGAAGUGACAUAUGUGUUGCUAAACAUUGUGAUGAUUUUCAUUACCAUAGCACUACCACCGCUGAUCCGUGGACUGUACCAAACAUCGAUAUUUCUCUUCGUCGUCAACUUGCUUCGACAUAUUCAUCUUUGGUGGAUAAAAUCUCGAAAGGGAAUCAAAAGAAAUGGGAAAAAAGUGGCGUUAACAUUUCAAAACCCAAAGUUUUCGACAAAAACACAGAGAAAAGAAUACCUUUUGUUACAUUUUUUCGUUCACCAAGCGCCAGAACUGCACGAAUACAGGUUAUCAGAGAAGGAUCUUGUCUUCAUGAAGUUUACAAACCUGCAGGUCCACAUGUCUUUCGAAGAGAUGAUUUUCACUUUGUUUAUGGAACAGAAAUAGGAAAACCUCGUUUUGUGUCUUCUUAUAAUCGUGAUCACGGAAAAUUGGAUUUACCCAAGAAAUAUGUCAGUGUUGAUGCUGGCGAGGAUAGUACCACGGGCAGUACACAUUGUAAAGAUGUAAAAGUUUAUUCCAAGCCUUUUGUGACGUCGUUAAAACCUCGUCCAACGUGGGAUCAUAGAUUGAUUUUGAAGAAAGAGAAAUAUGUGAGAGGAUCUUCAGAAAACAUGGAAAACCGACUUGAACGACCUGAUGUUAAAGACUUUAUAACUUUGGAUUGGCUUAAAGUCACUAAAUAUGACAAAAUCAGCAACUAAAUUGUUGAAAUCGUAUUUAAAUAUCAAAAUUUACCUGUGCAAAAGCACAACAAGGUGGAAGAGGGUUGUGGAACGACGGACGAUGUGGUAAGGAUGACACAUUGAGUUGUAUUGAGUUGUUGUACACCCUAACUUAAUCGCUAGAGCAGUGGAGCAUAUCAUCUUUCUAUUAUUGUGUGUCAUGCUUUUGUUUUUACGUAAUUAUUGUAUGCUUGCUAUGCUGUGCAGUAUUAUUUAUUUUGUUAAAAAUUGGUAAAUUAGGAAAAGUUUUGAUAAAAAUAAAUAUGCCAAAUUUUUUGUAAAAAGAUUUAGAAUAAUUUUGUCUGUUAUAAAAUUCAUAUAUUCAUUUUAUAAUCCGUAAAAAACAAUAUCGUUCUGGCUACGUGUCUGGGCAGAGCUUGCUCUGCUUGCACCACUUGUAGACUUGGGAUGUGUUCAAAAAUAGAAAAUUUUAAAAUUUUAAACAACUCUGAAACAGAACAAUUGAAAACAUGUUUUUAAGCUAAAAGAAUAUAUAGGCCAAAAUCAAUGACAGUGUUUGUGAGCUACAGAGUAUUUA